AUGGUCGCUAUCUACUAUCACGAUAACCUAGACACUCCUGAAAACUUCACCGAGGACCACGACUCCGGCGUGCCGGUCCCUGAAGACAGAUUGGCCGAAAUCGGCGUCUUCUACAGGUACAUUGAUAACUUGGAAGACUUGGAGCAAGUUGCUAAGGACAGAGACUACAAGAACAGAGACCAGGUUUUGCUCAACUUGGAUACUUUCAAAGGUGACCAGAGUGCGUUUGACGCCAAGAUGGCCCAAUUCUACAAGGAGCACUACCAUGAGGAUGAAGAGAUCAGAUACAUCUUAGAUGGAGAGGGUUUCUUUGAUGUCAGAGACCCUGAGGACAGAUGGAUCCGUGCUAAGCUCAACAAGGGCGACUUGUUGGUAUUGCCUGCUGGUAUUUACCACCGUUUUACUUUAUCGAAGAGACACCAGAAUGUGAAGGCCAUGAGACUCUUCAAGGAUGAGCCUAAAUGGGAGGCUAUCAACAGAGACGAGGGUCGCCAGACGGAGGCCCGCUUGGACUACUCUAGGUCUGUUAGCAGUGCUGCGUAA